GAUGCUCUGUUAAAGUUGUGGAGACAUGAAGAGUUGAGAGGUUUAUACAAGGUAACCUUGAUAUGUAACGGUUGACAGCUUUUUGAUUGAUUGAUCAAGUUAAAAACUGAGAUUAUUUUGACUGUGUGUGCUGGUCUUGUGGUGAAGUAUGCAGGGUAUUGGUCUCUAAUAAAGUCAAUCAAAUCCAAGAAGUCACAAGUGGUGUGUACCGCUCCAUGUGUACCUUAAUACCUUGGGCUUAAGAACACAAAAAAUAAUGGCAUAAAAUGUUGUAAAAUAGAGGAAUUAUUAAAUAUAUAUAUGUAUAUAGUCUUUAGUUCCUAAAUGUACAUGAAAGAUUUAACAGUGGAAGUGUAAAAGUGCUCUUAUAGAGCACAAUUUGAAAACUUUACACCAAUGCAUCGGGCCUAUUUUUUUGAGUGACUCAUUGUUUGGUACUCUGAUUGCAGAGAACUUUAGGUAUCUUACAGAUGUAGGUCUUCAUGAUGCAAUCACAAUUAUGUCUUUGAUAUUCACUUUUGAGACUUAAUGUAAAACAUUUUAAUAUUGUAGUUAGUAUGUUUUGGUUGCUGCAUAUGUACUAAGCCAACAGUGGUUUUCAAACCUCCUUAAAAAAAGGAGGGAAACAAUCAAAAAGAGAAAAAGGGAAGGUAAGCGCAAAAACAAAAGAGAAGCAUAAACAUCAGUCUCAGAGUCAGGAACCAUACAAAGCUAUUUCAGCCUUUUUUAAGACCCCGCUAUCUUCGCCUAGCUUAGAUUAUGGUAUUGUGAGUGAUUAACCUGAGUUUAUGUGUUUGGAUGGAACGUGAAGUUUGCUCAUAUCAUCUUAUUUUACUUGACCAGGGUUACGUUCCAGGUGUUUUUGGCGUAUCGCACGGAGCACUGCAAUUCAUGGCCUAUGAGGAGCUGAAGAAAGGCUACAGUCAAUAUUUUGGAACACCAAUCAACAAGAAGCUGGUGAAUACUGUCUGCACGUGUCUGUAUAGUUGAUUUUAUACGCGUUAAAGCUCACAAAUUCAACCGAGUUAGCAAACAAGAAAGUCUUGGUCUUAAACCUCGACAAACAGAACAUGUGAAGUGCUUUUACUCUGAUCAUGUUCAUAGCUUAGGGUGGAUGAUUGAAGUGUUGUCAUUUACUGGAACGAAACUUUACUCUCAACUCCCCUCUCCACCCAGAAGGAUUGAUAAGAAUCAACCCUUUGCCCCCCCCCCCUCAAGAAUGACUGACAUCUAACUUCUCCUUACAAUAUCACCUCUGAAUCACACAUGGAGGUCAUGAGAAUAGAGGAAAUAUUCAGCCACCGUUCUUGACUGUUUAAGAAAUUCUCCUUUUCAGUAUCUUUGGAAAUGUACAGAGAACAGUAUGGAGAAGAUGGAUAUUGAUGUUAGGGUGUAAAGGGUCAACACGAACACGUGUAGUGGCCAGUGGCGAAUGCAAAGGGAGAACACGAGAGAGGGAAGGGUGGGGGAAGUUUUUGGCUUCUCAUCUUGAGUAGUAGUCCUCCAUGACGAGCUUCAACAUUUUGAAGCUACAACUGACGUCCAAAAGACAACCUCUAUUACCUUUGUUGUACAUGUGGCUGGUAGGAAGGUACUAUAGAAUGACGUUUAUUAUUAUGUAACCGUGGGUUAUCUUGGGAAUCACUCUGAAGUGCUGAAAAUAUAGUAGUUCUUUUUUUAUAUAAAGUGUUUUGCUCUCUAAUUUAUGUUUUGCUAACUUUCAUUUUCUUCAUAGAGUUCAACUGAGUACCUUGUAAUGGCUUCACUGUCGAAAAUUUUCGCCGCAAUAGCGACAUAUCCUUAUCAAGUGGUUAGAGCAAGACUUCAGGUUAGAAUGGGAGAUUCAUUAGCAAAUUAUUAACCUUUUGACAUAGAUUUAGAUUUCGUUUUACUGUUGUAUGCUAUUAUCUUGAAAUAAACUUGUAGUUUAAGGCUGUUUUUAGUUUUCAGGUCGGUGAUCUCAUCGGUUGGUUUACUGGACUCCAGUUUGGUGUGGCCUGUGCUCGGGCCUCGAGCCUCAGCUAGGUCAUUGUGUCGGUUCCUUGGGAAAAGAUUCGUUAGCCCCACACAUCCCCCUCCCAGUGGUUCAAAUGGGCACCAACCUACAAUGAGGAUAAAUACCAAAUCUCACGAGGGAGAGUAGCUUUCACCUUCUUUCACUCUCUCUAUUCCUCUUAAGAAACACGGAUCCAAGAUGGUUAUGAGAACGCACGGCGCGAAAGUUUUGAUCCUUUGCCCAUAAAAUUAGCUAAAACCAAUUGAAUAUAUCAGGAGCUGUCUCUAAGCAAGUCUGUUUUGUUAAAUCGUUCAGUAUUUACUGUUUCCUGCUGUCAUUUAUUGUUCAUGAAUUUUACUUUUCUAAAGAAUCAGUACACGAUGGUGGAAUACAAAGGCGCCUUGGAUGUGAUUAGUAAGACUUUCAGGUAAGUUGGAAGUUGAUAUGAGAACUUAAAGUUUUCGCUACGUCACAGACUAGCUUUCCAUCUCUAGUUUCAAACCCUCUACAUUAAAGAGAGGUACAUGUUUUGCCCCUUUGAAACAAUUUGACGAAGAACUGGACCAAAAUUGGCGGAGAACUGAAACCAGCUAGUUUGAGUACUGGAUCCAAUUUUCGGAUUGACUUACGGCUUAAUGGUAAAGUCCACAUUUUCAUGAAGGAAGGUAUUCUUCUUUUUCUGGCCUCUUCUCACGGCAGGUUCUUUUCAAAAUCUUAGGCAUGAAGGAGUAACAGGAUUUUAUAAAGGAUUAAUUCCCAGUGUCCUCAGGUAAUUAAGGCAGAAUGUUAAAGAUAAAUUUGAUGAUGCAAGUAGAUUUGCUAGUUAGUUUUAUGUGUUAAACCGCAAUGUAUAAUCUAGAAUUGGCCAAGAGGGCUUAGUGGGCUCCCAUCUUUAAUUUUAGGUGGCGCUUUGUAAAGAAAAGGGUCUCAAGAGAUGGGGUACCCCCAUAAGGUGUUUAAACUUAUUUGCACAUUCUAGUCUGUGAGAAACUGGGGAGAAGAGACAGGCGAUAGAUACAUUAAGAGGCUAAAAAAUUCGGAGUAGGUGUCAUGUCAUUGUUUUCGUCAGUUACAUGUGCGAAUACUGUGAAAUAAUUAAGAUACUUAUCGUUAUCACAAGUAUUUGUGCGAUAGUGUAAGUUUUAGCAGUUUUCUGUUUUUUUUUUUCAAAUUCGGAAAUCCAGUAAGGAAGCGGUUUAGAAGAAACCCUGAAACUGUAAUCUAUGUAAACACGUUCGUUGUUGAUUAUAUUGUGUAUUGUGUGUUUGAUUGUUGUUGUUUUUGUUUCUUUUUAGAGUAACGCCAGCAUGUGCACUCACAUUUGUGGUGUACGAAAACGUUAUUCACUUCCUUCUGCCGAACAGAUGA